GAAAUUUAAGUCCCUAUUUGACGUCGUUCAUGCGGGAAUAUGGCUCCGCCCCCUCGCUCACCUACACCCAGUGUGCCUGGAUCUAUGCUCUUGCCGCUAUAGGUCAAGGGGCGAGUGUGAGUGUGGGGGGUCUACUGGAGAGGAAGGUGGGACCCAAACUGUGCAGUCUGAUUGGUGGAUGGGGGAUGAGUGGUUCCCGCAGCGCAAAGGACUGGUGAACGGGCUGGUGGUGGCGGGGUUUGGUGGCGGGGCGUUUAUCUUUGACCAGGUCCAGACGGCCUUCAUCAAUCCGGACAACUUCAAGCCGGACAAGGAAGUGGACGGGGAGAAGCGUAUGGUCAAACAUUCAUCAAAGACGACACAUUCCUGGCUCUAGUGGGUUCUUUCGCCGCAGUCUUCAACGGUGCCGGUCGGAUUUUCUGGGGCACUAUUGCUGAUAAGCUGUCUUGUCGGGUGGCGAUGCUGAGCAUGUCUGCUGCCUUUUGCGCGCUCAUUCUGACGCUGAGCGUGACGUCAUACGGCGGGAAACCGCUGUUUUUUAUUUACGUCUGCUUGCUCUUCGGCUCCUUCUCCGGAAGUUUCUCCAUCUUCCCGACAGCCACUGCCAAAUGUUUCGGCCGGAAGUACCUGGGGGUCAACUACGGCUUGGUGUUCACUUCUCAGAUUCUCAUCUCCCCGCUGGGCGUGUUCCUCUCUGAGAAACUCAAAACGCUGAUUGGCUGGAACGGACUGUUUUUCUUCGUGGGCGCCUUCUCUCUCACAAGUUUCCUCCUGGCAAUGUUUGCUUUCACCGCCAAAGAUAAGAAAGGCAAAGAAAUCUGAAGCAUCACCAGUUAUCGCCCCCCCCCCCCCUAAAAAUAGAAAUAAAUAAAUAAAUAAA